CUUAGCAGAUAAAAUCAAACUAACGUUAGUCGUUGUGCCUCACUCGCUCAACGACCGCGCAAAAGCAGUCCAGCCCCCCCCCGGAACGAGGCGGUUUUUGAGCGCCUUCAGCGGUGGGUCUUGCUCAGACCGCUCGAAGAUGGCUCUGCCGCCGCUCGCCCUGCUGCUCGCCGCCGGAGUCCUGCUGAGCUCCGUCGAGGCUCAGAGCUCCUUCAGCAAACUCCCAGAAUCCUACAAGAAAGGAGUGGAGCUCGCGGAGCAAAAAGUCAACGCUCACGAAGGCGUCCAUCAUCAUUUUCUCUACUUCAAAACCAUUCAGCAGUCACAAAUUGAGGCAGGGUUUGAUGUUGUCUACAUCUACCAAAAUGUUUAUCUGAAAGCCACCAUGUGCAAAAGAGGAACCGAGAAUGCAGAUACAACCACAUGUGCCUACAGGAACGAUCGGCCUCUGAUAGACUGCGCCGUCUGCUAUAAGACCUACGCCGGAGCGAUCGAGGCGGAACCCAAACCCUACGUGAGCUGCGUGCAUAAACCCGCUCUCACCGAGGCCAUGAAGAAAGAGAGGAUCGAUCACUGCAAUAAGAUGGCCUACAGCAGCGGAUCUCCCACCCUGCUGACGGUCGUAUCCUGAGCAGCUGGAGACGGCAUCUGCUGGUGCUUUGCUCUGGAGAGCACGGCUUCAGUCAUUCCAAAAGGCGCAUACUGUGUCCUUCCUGAGCCCGAUCAACUCUUUCUUUGUGCUUAUUUAAUCUACAAUAACGGAAGUGACGGCUACGUUUUAACCCUGUAACGUCACCUUUUUUCCUAACCUGGGUUAGGGUUAGGGUUGGGGUUGGUUUAAGGUUGGGGUUAUGUUAAAGAUAGGGUUAGGUUAGGGUUAGGUUUGGGUUUGGGUUUGGGUUUGGGUUUGGGUU